UUUAAUGCACCAGUUUUAAGCUUGAAGCAGACACAAUCAGCAGGCGAGCCAUGAUGAGGUUUAUUCAUGUUGCUGUGGCUGUGCUCAGUCUUCUGGCUGUUGGACAGUCAGCUCCUGUGACCAGCUGUGACAGUCUGAUCCAAACGCUUGAAAUCAGUGGAAGAGAGCAGUUGCUGGGCAAGUGGUUCCAAGUAGCCGAAAGCACAAACAACCGAGAUGCUGAGCUGAUAGCAAAAAGUCUUCGUGAGAGUUUAUGGAUAAAGAUCAGUGCUGCUAAUGGAAAUGAUGACAUUGCCCUCAUGUUCACAGCAAAAGCGUCUAGCCUUUGUCUCACAACCACAAAUAAGGCAACUUUGAAAAACAACACUAUCCAACCAGCCAUAGCUAAUGAGACCCUGAAACACCUUCUCCCACCAGUGCCUUUACCUACAAUAAGCCUACUGAAAACUGGCUGUACUGAAUGUUUGGUGCUCCAUUCACAAUACCAGAUGUUUAGAAGUACAAUCGGAGUUCUUCAGUUACUGAGCAAGAGAAGAACUGUGACUGCUGCUGAGAUGGAAGAGUUCAAGAAGCAAGCAGAAUGCCUUAACUUGCCACAGCCAUUUAGCCUGAACCCAGAUGCAGGUGUUUGCUCAGAACCUCCCUCUCAAGACACAGAGAUGAACGUGCAUAUGCCACGUGUGUUUCUUGAUGGACAGACAUCUGAGAUUCAAAACAAAACUAAGACAUUUUAACAGCAAUGAAGGUGGACCAGAAAAUUUCCUCAAAACAGUCUUUCAAAUACUUGAAAAAAAAAUGAUUACGUGUACAGAUGCUGUUUCUGAGAGAAUUUUGUCAAUAAAAAAGGAAUGUGA